AUGAGUACAGGAAUCUAUGGAGGAGAUGAAGUUGGUGCAGUUGUGCUUGACAUUGGAUCUCACACAACCAGAGGUGGAUUUGCUGGAGAGGACAUGCCAAAAGCUGAUUUCAAGACAACAGUUGGUGUUCUGGCCGAUGCAGAAGACAUCACAGAUGGGUCAACUAGAAAGAAAUAUUGCAUUGAUACUGUAAAUAUCAAAGUGCCAAGAAAUUCUAUGGAAAUGGUCAACUUCGUUCAGGAUUGCAUGAUUGAAGACUGGGACACAUUUGAAAAAGUGUUUGAAUAUUUUUACAAAAGUUACAUCAAAUCAUCUGCAGACCAACAUCCUCUUCUCAUGUCCGAAGCACCUUGGAAUAUUUCGUCAAAACGAGAGAAGUUAACUGAAAUAAUGUUCGAAAAGUAUUCAGUUCCUGCAUUUUAUUUAUGCAAAAAUCCUGUACUUUCAGCAUUUGCAAGUGGCAGAUCGACAGCAUUAAUAUUGGACAGUGGAGCAUCUCACACAACUGCCGUACCAGUUUAUGAUGGAUAUGUUAUUCAACAAGCUGUUACCAAAACUAGUCUUGGGGGUAACUUCUUGAUUGAAGAGUGUAAAAACUAUUUUCAGCAUGAGAAUAUUGACAUUAUUCCUCAUUUCAGUGUGAACGAAACAAUAGAAGAUUUUAUCCAGUCAGUCAUUCAAUGCUCGGACAACAAUUACGAGGAAGAAAUAGAAUCAAUGGAAGCAACCGGGCCAGUUCAUCAUGAAUUUCCUGAUGGAUUCAACAGAAAGUUUGGUCUUGAAAGAUUCAGAAUAGCUGAAAGUUUAUUCGACACAAAUUACAUUAGAAGUCAUUCAAAUCCUCUAGUACAAAGUGUCAGCCAAAUAAUCAGUUCAGCCAUUGCCAAAGUUGAUAUCGACAUGAGACCUAGUAUGUACAACGGCAUAAUAGUUGUGGGCAGCAACUCUCUCUUGAAUGGUUUCUCUGACAGGUUGAUGACGGAUCUCGCCAAUAAACUUCCCGCUAGCACAAAGUUAAAGGUGAAUGCGUCGCAAAUAAACGUUGAAAGAAGAUUCAGCUCAUGGAUUGGUGGAUCAAUACUGGCCUCGCUGGGCUCCUUCCAACAGCUAUGGAUCUCAAAACAAGAGUACGAAGAAAGUGGAAGAAAUUGUGUUGAUAAAAAAUGUCCUUAA